AUGGCCUACAAAAAGAGACGAAAUCGCGAAAAGACUAAAACUCCCGAAAACCCAAUCGCUGCUACUGCGAAAGAAGUAAAAGAAAAAUCGGCUUCUGAAAUUUUAAAUAAAAAAGAAGAAACUUCGGCCCAGAUGAAGAAACAAGAAGAAAGCUACAAUCGUGGAAGCAGAACUUCUCCUUUCAGAAGAACAAGGAAUAGAAAAGCAAGAUCAAAAGAAGUUUCGGCUAAAGACUCAACGAUCACGGUCUACGAUCUACAGUUGAACCAUGCCAAAGCAGUCACCAACGCUGCUUAUAGAGUUCUCGUUGAACAGGGAUCACGGGCCGCCAAGACAUAUCUGGCGCAUUUGGAAUACGUCCUCGGCGGCAUGUGCCAGAUGGAGAUGAAGUUUCGGAUGAAAUUCGACAACGAGCGGGGAUGCGACUAUUUCAAGCACUGGCUCGCUCCUGAACCAGCCGAACGUAAAAACGCCAAAGCAGAUAGUGCUAGAGAGCAGCUUCUCGAAGCCAUAGAGCUAGUUCUACUGAAGCACGAGAAGAAGGCAAAGGAGCUUGAAGAGGCCAAUCUGGAGAAUCAGAGACUCGAGAGGAGUAUCACUUCCAUGCAGAGGCAACUAGAAGACUUCAAAGACAAACUCAUUCUCGACAGAGAAAGAAAGAAGCCUAACGGAGUUUCCUCCAGAGUAUCCGACAAAUGGUCUCAAGAAAACUCCGACAGUCCAGUUCCAGAGAAAUUAUUUUCCGAAAAAUCUAGCAGCAGAAAUAGACGAAGUCUGCAAAACGAAGAACGUCCUAAACCUGGACGAAGAGGAGAAAAAGAUCAGGAACACACGAUUACUCCACGCGGGGAUGGAAACUCGAGGCGGCAGCCCCAAAGAGACGGCGAAACUAGACGAGAUCGUCGAUCUCGCGGAGAAAGGGGCAAAAUCAACGGAAAGAAGGAAGACGUUGAGUGGGAAGAAAACGUCGAAGAUUUUCAUGACAAAGUCAAGAAUCUCUCCAUCAAAGACACUGACGAGCGCGAAGUGCAGAUAGAAAGAAGAGAUCGGAGAUCGCAAGGAGAUUCUCGAAAGCGUCGUUCUCGUCCGCUAGAGAGUGCGAGCCCCGACCGAGUCGUCGAAGAAGGCGACAAAGCUUCGAACUCGACUUGGUUUCCUGGCGACAAACGAGCGAGGUGGGAAAGGCCUUGCUUCGAGAAUUACGAAGUCGUCGUCCUUGGCGACUCGCAGCUCAAAGAAUUUGGAAAGAGCAAGAUCAACCUAGAUGGAUACAAUAUUACCUCGUUCAGUGGCUGCGACAUUCUGGAGCUGAUCUACAUCCUCCGCACGGGCGCGCUUAAAGACCAGUUCACCAACGAAAAUCCAUUCGCGAAAAGGUCGAAUCGAGAGAGGUUCGACAACGGGAUCAAGAAGAAUAUGAUGCCUCUUUCAAACUUCUGUCCGUGCUGCGAGUCCAACUGCAUGAAGAAAUUCACCGGUCGGCUCAUAAUUGGGAUUGGCCUUAACAACGCGCUCAAAGUUUCAGAAGCUGGUUUCGAAAAACAAGACGUCCGCAAACUGCUGCAGUGUCUGAAUAGAGACAUAAAAUACUGUAUGCCGAAACUGAAGAGUCUCCACUUCGUCCAGCCGAUCAAAGUGCCUCGAUGGGCGUUCGAAGGGGAAGAGGGACAGAUCUCGCUGGACGUGUACAGAGAACUGCUCGAAGUUCUAAAAGAUUACCCUUGUUCGCCCGCUGCUCCGCUACUGACAGAGCGCGACUUCGACGACGAUGCGACGCACCUGGCCCCGCGAGCAUCCGAAAGAUACUGGAAAGCUCACUUCAAUGCAAUCGAAAGUUCAUGA